GCUCAUGAAUAAACAUAACUUUUUAAUACUACAUCGAGAGACUGGUAGAUGGUGUGGAGGUUUAGUUGGGGAAUAUUGACAGAAAACCCGUGGACCCCAACAAAUCUCCUAAAAAGGACUAUUUUGCCUCCCUCAAGUCAUCAGGGUGACUAUGGCGCACGCCGGGGCUCUCCGCGCGUCCCUGCUGCUGAUUUUACUGCAGUUAGUCCUGAUCAUCUCAGCACAGAGGGGGCCAGUUGGUCCAAGAGGACCACCUGGACCUCCAGGGCUUCCUGGGUUUUCUGGUGUUGAUGGCAUUGAUGGUGAAAGGGGACCUGGCCCUGGCCCAGAUGGCCCCCCAGGCCUUGAUGGGGACAAUGGCAAGGAUGGAUUAAAUGGCCUUCCAGGAAACCCAGGAGCGGAUGGUUUGACUGGGCCCCGUGGUGCCUCUGGCCCUGUUGGCCCUCCUGGACAAAAAGGUGAACCUGGUGAGCCGGGACCAAGGGGAGCCAUUGGUGUUGGAGAGGAUGGUGAAGCUGGUGCUGAUGGGGAAGAUGGGUUACCUGGAGAGCUGGGCAAAGUUGGACCUCCUGGAAGUCGUGGACCGAGAGGUCCUGUUGGUGAUCCAGGACUGGCAGGGCCCAGAGGCCCUCCUGGAGUCUGGGAUGGAAAGGAGCUGUGUCCAAAUGCCUGUACGUCUGGCCUGAAUGGUUACACUGGUCUUCCAGGCAUGAAGGGCCACAAAGGUGUCAAAGGUGAAUCAGGUGAACCAGGAAGGCAAGGACAUAAGGGUGACGAAGGAGACCAGGGAGCACCUGGAGAUCCAGGAACACAAGGACUUCCUGGUCCACAGGGUCUCAGAGGAAUCACAGGGAUGAUGGGCCCUAAAGGGGACAGGGGACUUCGUGGAAAUGUUGGCGACCUGGGCCCUCAGGGUAUUCAGGGCGCUCCUGGUGAUCGGGGUCAAAGAGGAAAAGUAGGUGAGACUGGACCAAAAGGAGCUCAGGGACCUCGGGGGCUGCAGGGACUUAUGGGUUUACCUGGACCGAAAGGAGAGACUGGUCUGCCUGGGGUGGAUGCUCGUGAAGGUAUUCCAGGGCUGCCUGGAGUGAAGGGUCUUCCUGGGAAAGUUGGCUCGCCUGGUGAGGCUGGACUUCAGGGUUUUCCUGGUUUGCCAGGCAUUUCAGGAGCAAAAGGUCACAUGGGUGAAAAAGGAAAUACUGGUGAUCCAGGUGUGGCAGGUCUGAUUGGAAAUAAUGGAAAAACAGGUGAACGUGGUGAGCAGGGAGAGUUGGGACCAGUCGGACCUAGAGGUGGGCCAGGUGAGAGAGGAGUGAGGGGUCCUAAUGGGCCUGCAGGCUCGCCAGGUGCGAGGGGCGCUAAAGGAGAUCCGGGCCUUCCUGGUCUUCCAGGGCCUGCUGGCUUCAUCGGGCAGAAAGGCGACAGGGGCGCUGUUGGUCUAACUGGUCCAAAAGGAGAGCAAGGACCACCUGGUGAAGAGGGAACACCUGGAGACAAAGGAGAUGUUGGUGAUGAGGGAGAGCCAGGCGAGAAAGGAUCGACAGGAAAACCAGGAGAUGCAGGAAAUAAAGGGCCAGAGGGUGGGCGUGGCCAACCUGGAUCCGAGGGCCUAGCUGGAGAGCCUGGCCCAAGAGGCAUGCAAGGAGACAGAGGGGUACCUGGACUGCCUGGGGCACAGGGACGACCAGGCCGAGCACCCACAGAUGAACACAUCAAGCAGGUCUGCAUGAGGGUUUUGCACGGACAGCUUGCCCAGUUGGCAGCCAGUCUGACAAGGCCCGAGUCGGGCAUCUCUGGGUUGCCAGGUCCUCCUGGUCCCCCUGGCUCUUCAGGGCCCGCUGGAGACAAUGGCUUCCCUGGGCAUCCUGGAAGCAGAGGACUGCCGGGUCUCAAAGGGCCCCCGGGGCUCAUAGGGAGGAAAGGGCCCAAAGGUGACCAAGGUGACAGGGGAGAUAGAGGGCCCACAGCGGUGGGGUCUAAAGGAAUACCUGGACCACCAGGGCUCCCAGGUGAGCCUGGGAAACCAGCAUAUGGCAGCAAUGGACGUGACGGUCUGAGAGGACCAGCAGGUGUUCCUGGAAUGCCAGGUGUGCCGGGGCCACCAGGUCCCCCCGGCCCUAACGGAUACUGCGAGUCAUCUCAGUGCGUGCUUCAAGCAGUUGCGAGUCCGAUAUCUGUCAAAGAGUCCAACAUGAAGGGGCCAGAUGGUCUAUGAGCCGACAGCCAUCAGCGAGCCACACAUCAGAGCCCAGCGUCUCUGGACAGGAAAACUUGAGAGACUAACAGAGUGACUCCCUCUACGAGGAGAUUUCUGUGUCAGUGGUAUAUGCAGGUGUGACUGUACUUAUCAAACACCUGUGUGAAGUUGGAUCAGUUCAUAUUAGAGUUCCCAGUUUCAUUCAGUCCCCUUUUACUAAGAGAAUUUUUUUUUGGACGUACUUUUGUAUAGCUCCAAUAAUUCUAUUAAGAAUAAAAUAAAAUAAAAACUAAAUUGCCCCACAAAUAAUGAAAUUAUAGCUUGCAAAAAAUAUAUGCUCUAGUUCAAUCUCAUGCCAUCACGACUUGGUCACUUUACACAUUAAAGGCUGUUAAAAGGACUUUAAAUCAGAGGGGGUCCUAAACAUUGUAAAUUUGUCAAUAUCGCAUUGCUAAAAGAUAAUUUGCAAGCAUUUUAUUAAAUGGUUUUUGGGUUGUUUUAACCUUAGAGACAUUCUCCAAUUUCGUGAAAAAUGUUUGUGGUUCUUUGCAGUGAGGGAGAGGUCUUGAUGUUUAAAAACAAUCUAGGAAUUUUCUAUAUUCUUUAUUUAUUGUAGAAAAGACUGAUGUGACACCAACGGUUGUGAAAAGGGAGGAAAAUAAAAGAAUUUUGAUAAAGUGCUGCAUGUUUUUAAUUUAAAAGUUAAAAUCAAGCACAGACCAGGUCAAAUGCUCCUUCAGUGUAUCUUUAUUGUACUCUCAAAUUGGCAAACUUGUUUCUUGCUAUACUAAAACACAUAUCCAAUGAUAUAAAUAGGUGAUUUAACAGUACACAAUCAAAUACCGUACGUAAAUCAAGUAUUGAAAUAUUAAGUUAUGCACAUCAAAUAAAAAGGCAUAAAAAUACCGCAGACAGUGAGGUCCAGUUUUAAGCCAAAACACAAACAUCACACUAUUGACAUGGCAGUAAUAGGUAAACAAAGUUUGGAUAAACAACAAAAAGUAGUACCCCACCCUUCAAUAUAUUUAUAUAAAGAGAUUUUAUUUUCCUCUAUUUUUUUUACCUCUCUUCCUGAUUUUUUUUCUGCAAAAGACAUCAUUGAGAAACCUCUCCAAAUGCCACCGAGAACUCCUCCACCAGACGGUGUCUUUCUGCUGUAAUAAGGCAUUUAUUUUAGAUCUUUUCAGAGGCAGGCAUUUAUUACAGAUAGACUGAAAAAAAAAAAGUGCAUGAAAUUAGUUUUUAAUUAAACCAUUUAGGCUAUAAAGCAUACUACGUGUUUGGCAGAGUUGGGAUUUGACCAUGUUUCACCAACAUAAACUUCAUCGCAAAACACUAAGCUCAUGUUCAACCAAGCACUUUACCUUGCUGACAGAGGUUCUCCACAGGAAAUACAUCAAAACAAAGAGAAGGGCGGGGGACACUUGUAACGAAAUAAGC